UUUAGAUAGCUAUGAAUAUUGCUAAAUUGGUUAUGUUGCUUAGCCGGGCCGUUGUGUGCAUGCUCAGCUGUUUAUCGAAUAUAUAUGCUUUCCAGUUUGCAAUCUUCACUCUUACCUGGCAAUAACAUUGACACAAUCAUCAACUACGGCAAUCCUUGUACACCAUUGCUGUUGAUGGUCUAUAGUUACAAAUUGCGUCGUUGUCUGGGUUUGUCUGGAAACGAUGUAUCAAGUCGCGGCUAACAUUCAUCGCGGCUGUUAAGCGCGGGCCGCUUUCAUUAAUUUUAAGCUUUUGGUUGUCGAUUGGCAGCCUCAAGCUCCUAUUUAUCGAUGAAAGUUGUUGUUCCGCCUCCUGCUAAAAUACCCCAGAUCAGAGAGUCCUAAAUUUAAAUACCCUUACCCCUCCGACGAUAUUUUAAGCAGAGAAAUUUUUCCCGCAAAAUACCUGCUUUUGACGACGCAGAACAUAACUUGAAGCCUACCCAUAUUUCCUGAAGUGUUGACUGGCCACAAUGACGCAAGAAGGGAGUAACCCACCCCCAAAAAAUCAAUCGCUCAUGCAAUAUGCACGCGCAUGGGGAGAAAACUCUUUCCCACCCACUCUCCUCGCGACGCUCAUCGCGGCCCAACAUAUGCGUCCCUUCCAGCCUCUACCAAUGAUCUUCCCACCAGCUCUCCUAUUCACCACAUACCUCAAUCUACUUGACUACAAGGUCGAUGCGGCGGGCGUGAGUGCCGCAUGGUCGGGUUUAUAUUUGCUCCUGGCCGCGAAGAGGAAGCAACCAUUCAUGAAAAAGUGGAACGCUAGAGGGAUUGUGAGGGGUGCUGCUAUGGGGUUGGGGUUUACCAAUAUGGUUAGUGGUGGGUUGGUUUAUAUGCUUGGGAAGAGGAGGGAUGAAGAUGGAGAGGGGUUAAGUGUUUGAGCAACCAGAAGUCAGAAGCAUUUGUGGAGGCAUUUUGGACCCCCUUUUUUUAAGUAUGGAUUAACUUCAUAGCUAUGGCAUUGAUGGUGUUAUGGGCAUGUUUUCGGGCUGGGUUCUGGUUUUCUGCAACGUGUGGUUCAUGUAUAUAUUGGAUGGCUUUAAGCUGGUAUUCACAUCGGUUGUAGAAUCCACGAGCUUUUAAUACCUUGGCCGACCAGUGUGUCAUUGUGCAGGCUCGACCAGUGUUUGUUAUCGGGAUUGCAUGAGCAGUCUUACGGGUCAUUGAACCAUUAUCGUAACGUCAAUGUCUAGAUAUCACCGUUAUUCCUCCUUCAUCCAGAAGAGGGAUGCAACCGCCCGUUACUCUUAAUGCCCUGCGGAAAAGAGCCGGCCUAAAGGAAGUACGUAGACGAGUAGACGAGAGGAUGCGUAGAUAGAGUAAAUCGCGUCAUUCAAAACCAUCACAUUCAUGAACUAACAUACAAGCGCUG